AUGGAGUUGAUUAGGCCAUCCUUGAUCCAGCAGUUGAGAGCAAUCCUAGAUCAGUAUCCAGAUGAUGGGCAGAUAUUGAAGGAGCUCAUCCAAAAUGCGGAGGAUGCACGUGCAAGUCAUGUUAAAUUCCUUCAUGACAAACAAUGCCAUGCUGUUGCCAAACUACACCACAAGGGUCUUGCUCAAUUUCAGGGCGCAGCACUUUAUGCAUAUAAUAACGCUCAGUUUACAAAAGAGGACUGGAGGGGCAUAGGAAUGUUGUGUGAUAGUAUUAAAGUCACAGAUCCAAUGAAAGUUGGCCGUUAUGGUCUUGGCUUUAAAUCUGUUUUUCAUAUGACAGACCUACCAAGUAUCGUCAGUAGUUCGCAAAUCGGAGUGAUUGAUCCGCACGAAGAGUAA